UCUGCCGGCUUUUCCACGGCGCUCUCCUUUCUCCCUCAGUCGUCCUCACUCAGUGAGUCUCCUUCCCUCCGCCGUGAGAGGAGGAUGCAUCCCGGCUUGGCGCUGGGGCUGGUCUUCGGCGGUUGCUGCAGCAACGUGGUUUUCCUGGAGCUCCUGGUCAGGAAAUUUCCAGGAUGUGGAAAUUUAGUAACAUUCGCCCAGUUCUUUUUCAUCGCUGUGGAGGGUUUCAUCUUCGAAGCAAACUUUGGAAGGAAACAGCCUGCUAUUCCCAUCAAGUACUACCUCAUCAUGGUGGCAAUGUUCUUUACAGUCAGUGUAGUGAAUAACUAUGCCCUCAACUUGAACAUUGCAAUGCCGUUGCAUAUGAUAUUUAGAUCGGGAUCUCUGAUAGCAAGCAUGGCUCUGGGCAUCAUCAUUCUGAAAAAGAGGUACACUGUCUCCAAAUAUGCUUCCAUAGCCCUCGUAUCCCUAGGAAUCUUCAUUUGCACCUUCAUGUCUGCAAAACAAGUGAGCUCCUUAUCAACUACAAGCAAAGAAGAGGAAGAAGAGAGCAUCUCUGCCUUCCUCUGGUGGUUGCUAGGUAUUGCUGCAUUGACCUUUGCUCUGCUCAUGUCGGCUAGGAUGGGCAUCUUCCAGGAGACCCUUUAUAAAAAAUUCGGCAAACACUCCAAGGAAGCCCUUUUCUACAAUCAUGCACUCCCCAUACCAGGUUUCCUCCUGCUGGCUCCAGACAUCUACAGGCACGCACUGCUCUUCAGCCAGUCUGAACCGUUCCAAAUCCCAGGGUUUGGGCUCAGCUUACCCAUAAUGUGGUUCUACCUCAUCAUGAACGUCAUCACUCAAUAUGUCUGCAUACGAGGCGUCUUCAUCUUGACCACAGAGUGCACCUCUCUGACAGUCACGCUGGUGGUGACACUACGCAAGUUUGUCAGCCUCAUCUUCUCCAUCCUCUACUUCAGGAAUACAUUUACUGUCUGGCACUGGAUUGGGACCUUCAUUGUCUUUGUGGGGACGCUGAUGUACACAGAAGUCUGGAACAACGUCAGAUCUCUGCAGGAUGGGAAGGGAAAGAAAGACGAGAAGAAGCAGGAAUGACUGGGAACACCCCUGGGAUGGCCCAUGUCUCCUUCUUUGGAAGUGGGACCUUUUCAAACCGAGUUUUCUUUUCCCUGCAAUGCAGCCCAAUGGCGGAUUCCCUUCUCGUGGAAGUGGGGGAUUGAUUUUUGUAAUACAAAAAUAACAGAUUUUGGCUAUGCCAAGCAAAUGAACAGAUUCCCUGGAACGGGGAAAUCUUCUGGGAAAAGGAUAUGACAAGUUGAGGUGAACAAAUAGAAAUUUUGUGAGAUGAAACCUGUUAUGGUUUAGCUGAUAGGUGGAGAAUGUGUGGUCCUCCAGGUAUUUUUUGACUCCCGGCACACUUCAUACUUAGGAUUGUAGUGGCAGGCAAGCAUUAUUUGAAGGUGUUACUUUUGUGGACUAGAAAUCCCAGCAUCUUUCAACCAGCCUGGUCACUGACUAUGUUGACUAAACAAUUCUGGGAUUUGUAGUCCAAAGAGGUAAGGUGUCCAAACUCCAGUUUGCUCUCCAGGUGCUAUUUUGUUCUGUAGGUCAAUGUUUGAGAUGCUGCCAGGUUGAGACAGUGAACAAACUAUGUGACUACAACACAUCGGGAAAGUUGAUUUACAAACCAAGAUAAAGUUUAAAAACAGUUUAAAAGGGACUGGAUCAACUUCCGAUGCUCCUGUUCAUUGGGUGCUGAGGGUCAUUUUUGGGAUAAAAAUGUGAAACUAGUCCCUCCAAUUUAUGGUCUUUCUUGAGACCGUACCGUGAAGCUAGUAAUGACUUGUACAUAUAACAUAGUGUUUUGAAUCCCUGUGCAGCAUCUCAUUCUAAUCCAGAGGUAGCCUUCUGAGGUUCAUUGGAAUGCAACUCCCAGCAGCCUUUGCCAGCACAGCUAACAUUAAGGAAUGCUGGGGAUUGUAGUCCACCCGUUCCCACUCUUAUUCUGUUCCAUUAUGUUGAACUUGGUUCACUUCACCAGCUAUUAAGGUGUUUUAAUUUUUUGUGUUAAUGCCUGUUAUCCUUUAAAGACAACACUUUCACGCUGGUUCAUGCAUAUUUAUAUACUGUGUUUACAAGCAAUUUUGAAUGCUUUAUUUAGUGCCAUAAAGAACCGUAGGGGUUUGCUUUCAUAUAUGCCGCACAAUUAAUUGUUAGAUUAUAUGCAUCGUUUUGUGUUCCCGUGUACAUCGGAAAACACUUUGUCUGCAUACUGUAAUAUUACAAGAGUACAAUUCCCUGAAAUUCUGGUGUACAAAGGAAUGAUCCACAGCAUCCCCCCCCCC